CUCAGUUUCCGCAUGCCAUCAACUUUCUGUAGACGACUAAAUGGACAUUUGGCGAGGUUCUGGUGGUCUCAACAAGAUCGAGAUGAAGGUAUGAAAUGGGCAUCCUGGCGAUCGCUUUGUCGGCACAAGAUCCAUGGUGGACUCGGAUUUCGAGACUUCGACAGCAAUUAUAUAGCUCUUCUAGCCAAACAAGCAUGGCGAAUCCUCCAAUCUCCGGAUUGUGCUCUAGCCGUGAUGUAUAAAGCUAAAUAUUUUCCUCAAACUUUAUUUUUGCAGGCUGUACAAGGAGCUCGCCCAUCCUGGGCCUGGCAAGGCGUGCUGAUUGGACGUGAUCUCUUGCUGCAAGGUCUCCUCUGGCUCGUUGGAUCCGGCACACAAAUCCACAUUACUAAUGAUUGUUGGCUCCACACCACGCCUCCUUCUAGUACCAAGCUGUUGGCCCAUGCUGUUCUGCCAUCUACACAGGUUUCCUCUCUCAUUGACCACUCAAAUGGAACUUGGAAAAUGGAAAUACUGCAGUCUCUUUUUUAUGCUGCCACAGUUAAGGUAAUCCUUAUGAUCCCGCUACCUCAACUUCCUAUUUCUGACAAACUUAUAUGGCAUUACGAACCAUUGGGUGAGUACUCUGUAAAAUCUGGUUACCAUGUUGCAGCUUCUGAAUUUGUGCGUAAUCUUUCUACUAUUCCUGUUAUCUUUGAUUCCUGGGCUUGGAAAGCUCUUUGGGCCCUCUCUGUUCCUCCUAAAUUACGAUUUUUCCUAUGGCGGUUAAUUAAAGGUUUCUUACAUGUGCGAGAUGUCCUACGGGAUAAAGAGCUCAUUGAGGAAGAGGAUGUUGAAGGACUUCUAUGUCCUGUUUGUUCUCAUCCUAAAGAAACCUUAUCUCAUUGCUUUUUGGGAUGUCGAAUAGCGACUGAAUUGUGGGAGUUAGCAGGUUUUGGUCAUUUAUUCCACCGCAUAAACUCACUUCACGUUGCAGUAGGUUGGAGGUUCUUGCUUUUAGAUGCAGGCUUAUCUCGCACCGAGGUGACGAGAUUGGUGUUCUUAUACUGAGGAUCUGAAAAGGGAGAUGCUCAUCUACUUAUGAACUCAUCCAAUUCCUCCAGGUUUCUUUGCUGCGACAGUUUAACUGUCAAACUGCGAAAUGGUUUUCAUCUCAAGAAUCAGGGACUGCAAGACGCUGCUAGCAUCUUCCAUCACCGACUCCUUGCCUCAACUCAGCUCCGCCUUCUAUUCCCACUGGAUUCAUGCUUGUUCAUUUUGACCGAGCUACUAAGGAAUCCUUUGGGGGUGCCAUCGAUUUUGUUGGUUUCGCAUCUCAGAAUGUUAUAUCUUUUGCUUUUGGACGUUCCUACGCGGAAGUUCACGAUCCUUUUGUUAUUGAACUAUUGGCGCUUCGGGAUGCCAUGCGUUGGUGCCUUUCUCAUUCUGUAACUAAUGUUCUGUUUUGUGGUGAUGCGCAGGUCGUUAUUCGGAUGGUGUCCGCGAAGGAUUCGAAUCACGCUUUGGGGGGUGCAAUUCUGAAAGAGGUUCAGGUGCUGCGAACUUCUCUCGCGCGUGUUUCAUUUCAUUUCGCUCCUCGUAGGUAUAACAGGGCUGCCCAUACCGUUGCAAAACAGGCCCUCGCAUCGAUGGUUCAGCGACUGGUUGACCAUCGUUUUGCUCUUGUUUCUUUUCCCUGACCGUUUGGUCUUGUAUAUUUUCGUAUCUUGCUAUUCCUCCCGGAAUAUCUUUGGCAAAAAAAAAAAAAAAGGAUUGAUGGCUAAUUUCUUUUUAACCUCUGCUCCUUUAGUUUAACCAAUUUGGGUCUACCUCAUUUCCUACAUCCCCCCCUCCCACCCACCAUUUUAAUGUAUUCAAAGAAGCCACUAAAUGAAAAUAUCGUGAUGAUUGAAUUUUUUAUCUUAGUAUAUUAGACUUGACGGAUAUUCGAAUACAAGGGCAUCGAUAACGAUUGAACCCUUCUACUCAUAUUAAUAUUUGAAGAUAAUAUACACUUUAGUUUUACAACUUCCAAGUGAUCUUGACACUAUUACCCGCCAUGUGUCCUAAUCCUUCUCAUAAGCGCACAUGAAACUAAAAUCUUGAUUUCUUGAGGCGACUGCACUUCCUACUUACGUAAGUUGAAUAUUUUAUUUGUGUACCUGCAUAAUUCACUUUAUCAAAGAUUCAAUUCAGAAGUUCAAAUUUCAUCGUCUUCUCUCAUGCAGGAUAACAAACACAUACUUCAGGAUGAUGUAUUGUAUUCUUCAAUUUAUGAUAAUGAGCUUUCCUCAUUGGGGUAAUACCUUAUUCUAGCCCCAACUAUACCCAAAUAAUCAAUUUUGGCCCGUGAUUUCAAAAAUUGUUAUCCUGGCCUCAAGUAUACACCAUAUAGUCAUAAUUGGCCGGACGCGUGUUUUGACCAUCAAUUUGGACUCUCAACACCAUUGACUAAAGGUCAAUGUGCCAUGUCAUCAUACAAAAUAUUAAAAAACAAAAUUAAUCCAAAAUUAAAUAUUUUUUCCUUAAAUCUUAUUAUUUAUUAUUUUAUCUAAUAACAAAAAUAAUUAAAGACACCAAAAAGACUCACCGGAGACCCGAUCGGGAACUAGAGAUCUAAAUCCGGAUUUAAUUUAGGGGAGUCCACUACUCUUCGUAUUUAGCCGUCGUGGCAUCGGGCGAUCACGUUCGCCAGGAGGGUGAAGGUCGUCGAAGACGGGAAGGACGACUGGGUUUUCGACGACGACGAGAAGGAUUCGGCUCUUUGGCAACAACAAAAAAAUCCGAGCGGAGGACGAGGUGGAUCACCAAGAAAUACUGCGUCGACGAACUCCCGAAAAAGCUACAAUUGUUCGCGUAGAGGCUGCGUAGUUGUUGCUAGAUUUGGGAUCCUCUAAGAAGAGAGGGAAGAAAGGAAUUGGUUUCUAGGGUUGCGAGUAAAUUCGUAGAAGGGGAAGAAUCGAGCACCAAAAAUUGAGGGUUGGUGGAGAAGUGGGAACUGGGGAUCUGUGAUGCAGCAUUGAGAGGAUGAGGGUUGGGAUGGCGGAACGGUAUGGUGGCGGUGGUGGAUGCAAAGAGAAGAGAGAGUUAGAGACGGUGGUGGAUGCAAAGAGAAGAGAGAGUUAGAGACUUAGGGUGACGGUGGUGGAUUGAUAAAAUCCAUUUUUAUCUUUUUUUUUAUUUUUUAUUUUUCACAUGUCAUCCACGUCAGCAUAACAUGCUGAUUCACUAACGGUCACUGAUGUUGACAGUCUAAUCUAACGGAAACUCACGAGUCGGGCCAAAUUAGUCUAUAUGAUGUAUAAUUGAUGUGAGGAUAACAAUUUCUUAAAGCACGAGCCAAAGUUGAUUACUUGCAUAUAGUUCGGGCCAUAAUAAGGUAUUAACCCUUGA